UAUCUUGUCGGGCAUGAUUUGUUUUGGACUGAAUUUGACUGAUCGACAGUUAUUUCACGAUUUUGAUAGAUACAGUCUUUUUUCUUACAGAAUAGUCUUUUUUUGAAUGAGAAAAGAAAGCUACAAGUAUGAGUGGGGCUGAUUUUGAGGCUGAGUUGGCUGAAGCCAAAGACACAAUACCUACCAUAGAGGGCUUCACCUUAGUGACCUGUGUCGCAGCACAGGUGCGAGCAUCGUACAGGAAAACGGACCAGAAGCAAGUGAAUGUGAUUCUACAAUUUCCUGAAGGUUAUCCUGAAGAGCCAGUGGUCUCCCAGCUGACCAGUAAAACCCUGGCAGAGAAAUUGCUGUCCGGUAUGGUCAAGAUGUGUGAUGAGGAAGCUAGAUCGCUAGUAGGCCAAAGACAGAUAUUACCUGUGAUGAGAUUUGUGAGGAAUUUUAUCAUCAGUAACCCGCUGUGUGUAUGCAGUGAGGAGAUAGCUGCGAUUAAGAGAGACCUCAUUAAAGAGAAUGACAAAUUAAAACUGAAACAGGACACAUCACAGGUUCACAUGAAGAUAGUUCAGGAGCGCUACUGGAUGAAUCUUCUGGUCACAGUACCAGAUUUAUACCCCACACAACAAGUCAGUAUAGAAGUUGCAGAAAGUAAUUUUCCAGACCUGCUGAAGAAGUUUUUCGUUGGUCAGGCAGUGGAACUUGCGAGACGAUGUGUUCAGCCUCCUCCUAAACCAAAGCCAAAGGCUCCCCCAUUUAAACCACGCCCCUCCCUGCUGGAGGUGUGUCAGUUCCUGGUCCAGGACUGCGUGAAGCGCUACCCCGGGGAAAACUGCCCUGUGUGCCGGGAAAGAGUCAUGCUCAGGGAUCCAGAGGCUGUAGCGAAGGACCCAAAGAAAAGAGUUGAGCGAGUCUAUUGUGGUCACCUGUAUCAUCAUGGCUGCCUUGCAAAAUAUUUAAAAACUCCCCCAUUUAAAGAUGGAAAGUUUUGCCCAGACUGUGGAAAGCAGAUAUUCCACGACAAAUGGAAAGUGAGCCCGGAGUUGGCAGAGGCUCGGUGGGCGGCAAAGCAGGCUCGACAGAGGGAGCUAGCGGAGGUAGCAGACUUCCUGAGCUGAUGUUGGCCCCCACAGGGCCUCCAUACGCCUUGUGAGAUGUAUAACGCUGUCUGUAUACCUGUGAACAUUGUUAGGAGAGGAGUUAUUCCCCUUUUCGAAAUUAAGAGCAGUUAACCCCUUGUAUUAUAAGUCUCAUGUUAUAAAUAUUUUUGUUGCUUUAGUAUCCACAUGCUUACCUUUACUGCAAAUGUAAAGAUCAAAGCAGAAGGCGGAGAGAAAAUAGAGCUGGCAAAGGAGGCAGACUUCAUUUGUGAAAUUGGUCCUCCCCCCCUCCCCCCAAAAAAAACCCCAGGGCCUCCUUACACCUUUGUGUUGUUAACCGCCCAUCUGCAUACCUGUAAACAUACAAAUUGACCCCUUGUGGGUUUCCUGUAAUAGGAAUUAACAUUUGUUUACAUUUCUAACAUUGGUUGCAUUUCACGAGCUGAUUCUUGGCCUUCCCGUUGUGUUGUGUGAUGUAUUCCUCUGUAUGUGACCUCUGAACAUUGUCAUUCUGUAAGAGGGGUUAGCAACGUAAACCUUUUAAGUCAGGGAUUGUCAUUCUUUCAGUGCCUAAUCCCAAUAAAGUUAUCCAAUCUUCUCUUGAAAAGAGCUAGUUGAUUUGGUAUAAAAUUCCAUUUACAGGGGUCUAAUCCAAUUAUAAAUUACCAGGCUCUAUUACGAUCAUAAUUAUGGUCAGAGCUGUAAUUUAUAUCCGUCAAGUCUUUUUAUCACAAUAAAUUUGAAUGAUUAUGGGAUUAUGAAAUGAUUAUUAAAAUUAUGAAUAUAAGUGAAGCUUUUCAAGCUUAGAGAGUGGAUAGAAGUCAAGAGUGAAGAUGAAGCAUAUUAAGGAAUCAGUGGCGGUAUUCAUAAAACUUCCCAAGACAUUUCCUACUUUAGGUCAAUUUCUUAAAAAUUUCAUAGUCAAAUUUAAGGAAAUGUAAGUGUUCAAUUAGGUCAAUAAAAAUAUAUUUUGGAAUUUCUUUAUUUUUUGAUUGUAGUUUUUAUUUUUCUCAUGGUUUCAACAAAAAUCAGACGUGAAAUAGCCUAUAUUGCCAUGUUUCAACGCCAUAAGAGCUUGUUUGUUUUUUUUAGGUAUAAUUUUUGAAAAUUUUCUUUCUACACAUAAAAAUAAGUCAUUAAACACUCAUUUGUUUUCAAAGAAAUACAGGGUCACCAGGCAUCCAAAAUUCAAUAUAUGUUGGUCUGAUACCUUAAAUAUAUAGAUUAAUCAUUCUGCUGGUUGUCAUUUUCUAAUUAUAGCAUUCUCUUGAUUUUUUAAUCAAAAGGAUCCGUUUAUGGAAAGUGUCCCAUCAUGUUAAGAAAAUACUGCAUUAAAAACAUAUGUAUUGAGUUUAUUAACAAACUAAUCAAAAGUCAUGGUUUUGUAUAAAAAAUGGCAAUGCUAUUUUACAUAAUUUAUUAUUUUAUUUUUCGUGACAUGAAGUCUUGCCAACCAUUUUGAUUUUGAAUCUCAGUUAUGCAUUUUUUUCAUUAGUAUAUUUUACUCCAAUAUAACUGAAAGCAACAGUUACUGUUUUCAAGUAUUUAAAGGAACUGGUUUACUCUGCAUUGGGUCAGAGAUUGAAACAAUUAAUUCUUGUAAAAUUUGAAAAAAAAAACUGCUUGAAACAACUUAUGUCUAUGUUUAUACUUAAAGUUUAUAUAAGAGCUCUUGUAAUUAAUUAUUUGAAAGUGCUUCAUUUAGUAGUAAUGGUAUUGAAUUAUGAAAGGCUUGGAUGUAGAAAAUUCUGUUGAAGCGAAUAUCUAACAAUUUCUGGUGUUUGUUCUUAAAAGAAAGUAAAAUCACUUCAUGUCACCAAAUGUCCUAAGUCUUUGUCUAAACAUGGUAUUGAAUAACCUGAUCAAUUGAUUUCCUUUUCAUAAAACUAUUUUUAGGUGUAUUGAGUACACUGUAUUAAAUAUAUUGUAUAAUUUAGAAAGUCCCUGUUAUUUUAAAGAACGUUUAUUUUUUCAAAGCUAACACUGUAAGGAGAAUUUUCGACAAGAUAUAAAGAUGUUCUUUUAUUUGAUUUCAGAAGUAAGCAACAAAAAAAAAAAACUUUUUCCGAAUCUUCAAAAGCAUUGUUUUGAAGCAAAAUGUGUCAAAACACAUAAUUUCCCUUCAUUUCAAAAAAUACAAUUUCUGAAACCAGUGAACACAUUGCAAGUUGUAUCAGAGAACUUUUUUACCCUUUCAUUCAUUUCACACUGCUUUGCUAUACUAAUUGUAUGACCUGAGUUUGUUAUUGUUAAGGAUAUGUGUAUAAUGUUGUGUAUAAUAUACAUGUAUUUAUUAUUGAAUGAGUAAAGUAUGUGAUAUUCAA